AGAAGUCAGACGGAGAUUACAGCAAAGAGAUGGAGAAAAAGGGUUUUGAGGAAAAGAAGGAGGAGGAGGAAACUAGGACUAGUUUAUUUCACCACUUAGUGACACGGAGGAAGAAUCUGGGGGAUGAUGCGAAGAUCAUCCUGCAGCGGCUGAUAAUGAUUUCUCGGCUCCGCCACGACCUUGCUGAUAGGACAGACCUGGGAGCUCAUUAUGAAAAUCUCAACUUUCAGCUGAACAAACAGUACAUAUGGGAUCACAUAACAGGCCUGCUGCUGAUUUAUCCAUCCUACCUGCUGCACAUCAUUGAAUCGUCCAGGGAUAUUCUGACUUCUGUUUUGAGAGACGUCAAAGUCAUGCAACAACAGCCACACCGCACCUUGCUGGAAGUAAAGAUUGUGUUUUUGGAUCACAACCCUCAAAGAAGGCUGUUCCAGCAGUGGAGCUACAAGGUGCUGGGUGCAGAUCAGGUGAUCAGGGAUCCUGCAGUUAAGGUACUGGAGGAUGAAGAUGUCAGCGUAGAGACCCUUGUAUGCAGCGUCCUGUCAACGCUGCAAAAUCUGAGCAAAAAGCUUGAAAAAUCUAAGGCUCUUCCUGGGUCAGUGUUGGAUGAGGCACCGCAGCUGAUCGUCCAUCAGAAAAUUCUGGAAAGGCUUUUGGGUCGAGAGGAACUCCUGAGCCCGCAGCAGUACCUAGAUAUGUACAAAUCCACCUUAAACAUCAGUAUUGAGUUUGGACAACUGAAUCCAAGAAACCUUUUCUCCGCUGUUUAACCCCCUGAACAAAAUGUCAAAGGCCAACUGUUUCCUGACUGACUGUUUCUCUGUAGUGUUUUUGGUUCCUACACUGAAAAUAUUUGCUGCACUUACUGUUCACUUAUUCUAGUGAUACUUGUGGUCGUCAGACAUCC